CUGCAACACGAACGGGCGAGCUGAACUUGCUCUGGAGUACUACUCUGCCCUGAGAGCUGAUAACACCAUUCAAGCUAAUGCUUGCACUUACACCUGCGUCCUUGUUGCUUGCGGGAGUGUGAUGGCGAUCAAGCUCGGGAGGGAGAUUCACCAGCUGGCGAAGCAUGAGGGGCUGCUGAAAAACAAUCCAGUUCUGGGCUCCAGCCUGGUGAGCUUCUAUGGCAAAUGCGGCGAUGUUGAUUCUGCUCAGGAAGCGUUUGACGAGUGCCGAGCUCGGGACAACACGGGUCUCUGGAACUCUCUUAUACAGGCUUACACUCUCCAGGGCCGAUCGAUCGAGGCCUUGGAGCGUUUCUAUUCCAUGACUCAGGAGGAGGGCUGUAAAGCUGACGAUGUGAGUUUUGUCUCGGUGUUGAACGCUUGCAGCCAUGGUGGUCUGGUCGGGAAAGGAAGGCAGCUUCUGGAUGAAAUGCCCAAGCAGUAUGGAGUCAAGCCACGUCUGGAGCAUUAUGUAUGCCUGAUCGAUAUGCUCGGGCGAGCUAACCUCCUUGACGAAGCUGUGAGAGUUCUCAGAGCCAUGCCUUUUGAACCGGAUGCAGUGGUUUGGACGUCCCUGCUCGGAGCCUGCCGGAAGUGGAAGAAUUACACGAUCGGCAAACUCGCGUUUGAGCGUCUUGUGGAGAUGGAUCCCAAGAGCGGCAUGCCCUACACAUUGAUGGCCAAUAUAUUUGGAAACCUGGGGAUGCUCAGUGAAAUGGCUGCUGUUGUGGAGAGAAUGAGAGGUGAAGGCAGCUUCAGGGAGCCCGGGAGAAGCUGGUGGACGGAUGUUAGCUCUCUUUCUCUUCCUCAGUUAUCCCUGGUUUUAAACCCUCCGUGAGUCAAGCAGAAACAUGGGCCGCUGCAUGCCUCGUCAAAGUACUGCCGCCAACCUGAACUUCACGGAGAAAAAA